UUGGAAACAGAGGCCGUCAAGCUCUAAAUCUUAUACUUUUCUUGUAUUUCCUUCCCUCCAAAUUCUAUGGACUCUGAAAGAAAUUACCGUGAAAGAAAGAAGAAUGUCAUUUUAUGAAUCAUUAUGGCUGAGACUAACUGCUCCAGCCUGAGCCCAGGGUUCUUUCUCUUGAAUGGCGUCCCCGGGCUGGAAGCUUCACACAUCUGGAUCUCCCUGCCAUUCUGCUUCAUGUACAUCAUCGCUGUAGUGGGGAAUUGUGGCCUCAUGUAUCUCAUCAGCCAUGAGGAGGCUCUGCACCGACCCAUGUACUAUUUCCUGGCCCUGCUCUCCUUCACUGAUGUCACCUUGUGCACCACCACUGUGCCCAAUAUGCUGUGCAUAUUCUGGUUCAACCUCAAAAAGAUUGACUUCAAUGCCUGCCUGGUGCAGAUGUUUGUUGUACACACACUGACUGCGAUGGAGUCUGGAGUGCUGAUGCUCAUGGCACUAGACCGCUACGUGGCCAUUUGCUACCCUCUAAGAUAUUCCACCAUCCUCACCAACCCUGUCAUCGCCAAGGCUGGCCUUGCCACCUUCCUGAGGAGUGUGAUGCUCAUCCUGCCAUUCACCUUCCUCACCAAGCGCCUGCCCUACUGCCUGGGAAAUGUCAUUCCUCACACCUACUGUGACCACAUGUCUGUGGCCAAAGUGUCUUGUGGCAAUUUCAAGGUCAAUGCUAUCUAUGGUCUCUUGGCAGCUCUCCUGAUUGGAGGCUUUGAUAUGUUUUGUAUCUCAGUGUCUUACACAAUGAUCUUGAGGGCAGUGGUGAGUUUGUCAUCAGCAGAUGCUCGUCACAAAGCCUUCAGCACCUGUACCUCUCACAUAUGUGCUAUUGUUAUAACUUACGUUCCAGCCUUAUUUACUAUUUUUACCCAUCGUUUUGGGGGACAAAGCAUUCCACACCAUGUCCAUAUUAUUAUUGCCAAUCUUUAUUUGAUGUUUCCUCCAACCCUGAACCCCAUUGUUUAUGGAGUCAAGACAAAGCAGAUCCGAGAAGGAGUUAUCAAAAUACUUUUGAGGGAGAAAGAUAUCUUAGCAAUGAAAUAGAUUCUGAGUUGAUAUAAAAAUACAAGGAAAGACAAAGAAUGUUUGAAAAGAAUCUCUUCAGUGUAAAAUCAACCAAAAUAAUCUCAUGGUUCAAAGCAAAUUUCACUGAAUAUUCAAAACAAUGUUAACUGAUUACAGCACUCUAUCGAUGGUAAAAGUAAUAAAAUAAGAAACAUGCCCCUUGAAUUGGAAGAGUUUUCUCUUAAAAUAAAUUCCACAUCGCUACACUUUCUAGACUUUGUGGAAGUAAUGGUAUUUCUUAGAUAACUAUGUAUUUUGCAUGUUAAACAAAUCUUAAAUGUCAUGUACAUUGGAAAAUAGAGAAAACAUAUCCUAAUCCUUUAAAGACCUAUUCUUAGAGGAAAGUCAUGUCAUUUAACUCAUCUUAAAGUUUGUGGAAAAGGUUUUGAAAACUUCUUUUAUUGACUCUGUUAACCACCACUACUCCUAACUCUACAGAAUUUUUGCUGCUGGUCUCAUUAUGCCACCUAUUUUAUACCUAUCUAAAUUUUAUUGUCUCUUUACAAUGAUGAUGAAGA